GAUGAACUCAAUGAUACAUAUGAAGAUGAUGAUGAUGAAUACAUUAGAAGCGAUGUUAGUGAAGGGAUAUGGGUUGAUUGUGCAUCAUCUAAAAAGAAAAGAAAACGUGUUAAAUGAGUAGAUGACAAAGCAAAAGGAUGCAAAUAAGCCAAAAGGACGAGGCAGGACAAAAAAGAAUGACAUCAACAAUCUGAAAGCUCAAGGACGCAAGACAAAACUAGAGUGGAAUGAGAAAGGAGAACCUAUAGGAACAGCAUAUGCAGAUAUGCAAUCAUGGAUUGGGGUUAAAGCAAGAUCUACAGUCCCUCUAACUUAUGAUGAUUGGAGACAUGUAGAUUCGAAACUCAAGGAGAAAAUAUGGAAAGACACAUACGAUGCUUUCGAGCUUCCAGAAACGUAUAAGCCUAAACUACUAUCAGAUGCGGGGAAAAUGAUGAAAAGUUUCAAGAAGCUCCUGACCCGGACAAUUAUCCUCCCGAUUGCUAAAAGUGGUAGGAUAGAAGAACUUCGUGCUACUCCAGAGAAGUAUCCAGAACUUAACAAUAAAGACUGGAAUGAAUUUGUUCUAACUCGUCUUACCCCUGAAUUUCUGGCUUUGAGUGAAGCGCAAGUCGCCAGAGCCAGGAUGAAUCUAUCUCAUCAUCGUUCAUCUCGUAGAGGCAUGCCCAACGUCGAACAAGAUUUGAAAAAAGAACUCGGUGUUGACAAUGUUGAGAGAUACCAACUCUGGAUGAGAGCACGGACAAAGAACAAUAUUUUGAUCGCAGAAUAUGACAAGCAAAUUGAGCAGAAAAUAAAUGAAUUAAAAGAGAAAGUUAGUACUGGUGAAAUCGAAGCUAAGGGUCGGAAUGAUAUCUUAACGCAAGCUUUAGGCACACCUGAGCACCCAGGUCGUGUUAGAGCUGCUGGGUAUGAUGUUUCUUUAAUUGAGUCAUAUUACUUCUUUUUUUUUAUAUAUAUUUUAGAGUCUAACUAAGUUGGUACAUUAUGUUGCAGG